AUGGGUGAUAAAUCAAACAAGACGUUCGUUGGCGCAAUCGACAAUGGCACCACCAGCACACGAUUCCUCAUCUUCGACCCUGCAGGCAACCCGGUUGCCGACCAUCAGAUCGAGUUCGAGCAGCAUUAUCCGCAUUCUGGCUGGCACGAACACGACCCUGAGGAACUCGUCUCCUCGGUCUUGACCUGCAUCGACGAAGCCUGCGCCUCCUUCACCUCCCAGGGCUACUCCCUCUCGGACAUCAAAGCCGUGGGAAUCACAAACCAACGCGAGACGACCGUGGUAUGGGACGUCAAGACGGGGGAACCACUCCACAAUGCGAUCGUAUGGACAGACACGCGCAGCGCGCACAUUGUGCGCGAACUGAAGCAGAAAAAAGGAGCGGACGAGCUUCAGGAGUUGUGCGGGUUACCGCUGUCAACAUACCCGAGUUCGACGAAACUGCUCUGGAUGUUGAGUCACGUUGAUAAAGUGAAGAAGGCGUACGGCGAAGGGAGACUGGCUUUUGGCACGGUGGAUACGUGGCUUGUGUACAAGCUGAACGGCGGCGUGGAGGGAGGGAAGAAUGUAUAUGUGACGGACGCCACCAACGCGAGCAGGACCAUGUGGAUGAACAUCCACAACCUGUCGUACGACGACAAACUGAUUUCGUUUUUUGACCUCGACGUCAAAACGCCGAAACUGCAUUUACCGAAAAUUGUUCCUUCGUCGGAUCCCGAAGCGUACGGCACUCUUGCAGUUGACUGCAAACUCAAGGGAACGAAAAUCACGGGAUGCUUGGGCGACCAGUCCGCCGCGUUGGUCGGGCAAUGCGGCUUCUCGCCCGGUCGCGCGAAGGAUACCUAUGGGACCGGCUGUUUCUUGUUGUACAACGUGGGCGAAAAGCCGGUGAUAUCCACGCACGGACUCCUCGCGACGGUCGCGUACGAUUUUUCGCCUCAGGGGAUCAAGCCCGUCUACGCGCUCGAGGGUUCCAUCGCGGUAGCUGGCUCGUCGGUGAAAUUUCUGGUCAACAAGCUCGGCUUUGGCACCGAGUCGGCCCACAUCUCGGACCUGGCGGGCACGGUCAAGGACAACGGCGGGUGCGUCUUUGUGACGGCCUUCUCGGGCCUGUUUGCCCCCUAUUGGUACGACGACGUCAAAGGCACCAUUUUCGGGUUGACGGGGUAUUCGGAGAAGGGACACAUCGCGCGCGCGACCCUCGAGGCGACGUGUUUCCAAACCAAGGCGAUUCUGGAUGCCAUGGAGAAGGACGCCGGCGUGCAUCUCAAGGAGUUGGCCGUCGAUGGCGGCAUGAGCAAUAGUGAUUUGUGCAUGCAGACUCAGUCGGAUAUAAUCCAAAUCCCCGUCGACCGGCCGCAGAUGCGUGAGACCACGGCCCUGGGCGCGGCCAUCGCUGCCGGGUUUGCUGUCAAAGUGUGGUCUUCCUUUGACGAGUUGAAGGAGAUUAAUAGCGAAGGCAGGCAGAUCUUUGAGCCGAAGAUUUCAAAGAAGGAGAGUGACAGGUUGUAUAGGAAGUGGAAUAGGGCGGUGGAGAUGUGUCGGGGGUGGACGGAGGAGGGGGACGAUGAGGAUGAGGAAUAA